UUUUUUAUUUGAAAUGUAGCGCAGAAUCUCAGUAUGCAUCUCCCCUAAGAUCGCGCGGAAUCGAAUAAUCAUUAUUCAUUAUCAUUACUUCCACCAAUGGCUUCGUGCCGCAUAAAUCUUCCUCACCGGUGUUCUCCCGGAACGCCGCGCCUUGGUCCUACUUCUUCCCUCCAAAACCCUAAUCCUCUUCCUCAGUUACUUCCUCCAUUUCCAUUUUCUCGUCUCAAUUCCAGUAAGUUAUCCUCUUCCAGAAUCCGCCACCGAAGUAUUGUUGCCAUGAACCCUCCCAUGGCGAAGGAGGCGAAGCCUGUUUCAGAGGAUAGAAUGCUCUCGAUGGAUUUACAGGUGUAUGUUCCGCCUCAUCCAUUGAUCAAGCACUGGGUUUCCGUUUUGAGGAAUGAACAAACUCCUUGCCCCAUUUUUAAAAAUGCAAUGGCAGAGCUUGGGAGGCUACUUAUUUAUGAAGCUUCAAGGGAUUGGUUGCCUACUGUAACGGGAGAGAUACAGUCACCCAUGGGUGUUGCUUCAGUUGAGUUUGUCGAUCCGAGAGAGCCUGUGGCUAUAAUUCCUAUCCUCAGAGCUGGUCUAGCUCUUGCAGAAUACGCAUCAUCUGUGCUGCCUGCAACAAAAUUGUACCAUCUUGGAAUAAGCAGGGACGAGGAGACUCUUCAACCAACUGUAUAUCUUAACAAGUUACCAGAAAAUUUUCCUGAAGGUUGUAGAAUCUUUGUGGUCGAUCCCAUGCUUGCAACCGGUGGCACAAUAGUGGCAGCUCUUGAUCUCUUGAAGGAACGUGGAAUUGGCAACAAGCAAAUUAAAGUGAUAUCUGCUGUUGCUGCCCCUCCUGCCCUUCAAAAGCUCAGCGAGAAGUUUCCAGGGCUACAUGUAUACACCGGAAUUAUUGACCAGACUGUUAAUGAAAAAGGGUUUAUAAUUCCUGGACUUGGAGAUGCUGGCGAUCGGAGCUUCGGCACAUAAAAUUUGUUUCAUCGAGCUUCAGUAAUUUGCAUCUCUAAUUUUUACUUGGUAAUGAUCAAGUUGAUUAUUUGGCGAUUGUAAGAUUGCGUCCAAGGAUUGAUAAUUUUUGAAAGUUACGUCAAUGGAAGGCAGUAUAGUAGAAUUAGGCAAAAGCUGUGUUCUCUGGAUUGUAUAUGUACUUCAAUUCUUCGCCUUUAUCUUAACCUACAAUAAAAGAUGAGUUAAAUUAACAAGUUUAAA